AGAACCUCCUUUAGGGAAGUGCUGUGACGAUAGUCGACGCAAGCAAGUAAGUUUUUUUUUUUCUAAACUGACGAAAACCGACUGAAAGUUUGAAACGAAAAGCCGUGUGCUGGCUGCGCCGGUCGCCAAUGAGCUCCAGGACUCGACUGUUUCCUCACUUCCUCUCGCACUCCAGGGCUUGGCUCGGAACUCCGCCGCUAUUGGGUGGCCAUCUUGGAUCUGGCUGUAACGCAAAGCGACAGACAGUUAUGGGUGGAAUGGGAGCGACCGUAAGCUCCAUUUCUCGGGGGCAUUACCGCAUCUGACCUUUCUGGCUCGAUCGCCCAGAGACUAAGAUUAAGCGGAAUAAUGAAAAUCAACCAUUGGGGUUAAACUCCGAUGUCAUCUGGCUCGAUUCGGGAUUUCUCUCCGCUUCGUCCUCCACUGACUGCGGCGGAGUUCUCGAGGCCCUGUUGGGCAGACCAGGCGUCACGGUAUUUUUCCUUCUCAGCACCGGACAUCCGAUACUCAUAGUAAACGGAAACAACAGGCCAAAGCGGCCCUUUUCUUAUCCAUGUUUUAGUUUUCAGUAUUAGUUAUCGGAAUGUAUUUGUUGUUUUAGUCGCAGAUGACCAGUUUGGGAUGACAUUCUGUUAAAAUCGUCGUGACCGUGGCUAGAUCAGUGUCGGUGUCUGAAAUCCAAGUUAAAAGUUUUCAGCAAGUUUGAUUCAGUUGUCUGAUUAUAUUUGACGAGAAUCCAUGAUAUUAGGACGGAGCUAUCUGCCAGCUCGCAUUUCAGCAUCAUAUUCACGAGAUUGGUGCAGUCCAAAUACGGUAGCCUAGUCUGAGCGGACCGAAUCUAACAAAAUGUCAACAAGAACACCACUACCCACCGUCAACGAACGGAAGACGGAGAACCACACAUCUAACGGGCAUGGCCGCGUGGAGGUGGCGUCGCGGUCGGCCCGGUCCAGCGGCCGCUCUCGGUCGUCAGGCAGCGGCUCCGUUGCUGAGGACCAGCCCCCCCACGUGGGGAACUACCGGCUCCUCAAGACCAUCGGCAAGGGCAACUUCGCCAAGGUCAAGCUGGCCCGUCACAUCCUCACCGGACGAGAGGUGGCCAUUAAAAUCAUUGAUAAGACGCAGCUCAACCCAACCAGUCUGCAGAAGCUCUUCAGAGAGGUGCGGAUUAUGAAGCUGCUGAAUCACCCAAACAUCGUCAAAUUGUUUGAAGUGAUCGAGACGGAGAAAACGCUGUUCCUUGUGAUGGAGUAUGCCAGUGGAGGUGAGGUGUUUGACUACCUGGUGGCCCAUGGGCGGAUGAAAGAGAAGGAAGCCAGAGCCAAGUUUAGACAGAUUGUGUCAGCAGUACAGUAUUGUCACCAGAAGCACAUAGUGCACAGGGACCUAAAGGCAGAGAACCUGCUCCUGGAUGCCGACAUGAACAUCAAGAUCGCCGACUUCGGCUUCAGCAACGAGUUCACGAUGGGCAGCAAGCUGGACACGUUCUGCGGCUCCCCGCCCUACGCCGCGCCCGAGCUCUUCCAGGGCAAGAAGUACGACGGGCCCGAGGUGGACGUCUGGAGCCUGGGGGUCAUCCUCUACACACUCGUCAGCGGGUCACUGCCCUUCGACGGACAGAACCUGAAGGAGCUGCGUGAGAGAGUGUUGAGAGGCAAAUACAGGAUCCCAUUCUACAUGUCCACUGACUGUGAGAACCUCCUCAAGAGAUUCCUGGUCCUCAACCCUGUUAAACGAGGAACACUCGAGCAAAUCAUGAAGGACAGAUGGAUCAACGCAGGAGCAGACGAGGACCAGCUCAAGCCCUUCAUCGAACCGGAGACCGACAUCUCUGACCAGAAGAGAAUAGACGUGAUGGUCAGCAUGGGCUACUCUUGUGAGAAGAUUCAGGAGUCACUGUCCAAGAUGAAGUACGAUGAGAUCACCGCCACCUACCUGCUGCUCGCCCACAAGGCCAAUGAGCAGGAGAUCAGUGAUUCCAGCUCCAGCAGUAAUCCCUCAUUGUCUAAGACGAGACCCUCCAGCGAGCUCAACGGCCAGUCGCCUUCUCACCUCAAAGUGCAGAGGAGUGUCUCCACCAAUCAGAAGUCUCGGCGCUACAGCGACCAAGUGAGUCCGGUGUCGGCCGGCUCCAGCUCGUCCAAACGGGCCGUGGCGGGUUCCGGAGAGGGUGACCAGCGGCUGGAGGGGGCGCGUAAGCCGCCCUCACACACACACACACACACACCGCCCUCACGCACACACACACCCCCCUCACGCACACACACACCCCCCAGCCCCAUGCUGGGCAACGCCAGCAACCCCAACAAGGCAGACAUCCCCAAGAGGGGAAGCAUCAGUACGCCCAACAAUUCUGGAGGCAUGUCGCGCAGGAAUACAUAUGUUUGCACUGAGAGAAACAACGCUGAACGUCUGUCUGUGAUUCCCAAUGGGAAAGAAAACAGUGCGUCCCUGUCCCCCGGUCAGAAGAACCCAGGUGCGUCCACUCACAGCAUCAGCAGUGCUGCGGCGCCUGAGAAACUCCGUUUCCCACGAGGCAGUGCGAGCCGCAGUACCUUCCACGGGGGUCAGUUGAGAGAGCGGCGCACGGCCACCUACAACGGCCCCCCCGCCUCCCCUACGCAGGGCCGUAGCCGCGGCAACACCAACAACCUGCUCACCAAGCUCACCUCCAAACUCACGCGCAGAAACAUGUCAUUCAGGUUUAACAAAAGGGUCACUCUUGACCCCAGCAAGCAGCAGUCAGCGCUCAAACCCAGAGAGCCCGCUGUCCCUUCUCCUUCCUCCACUCUCUCUACCCCCUCCAACCCUGCAGCCAAGGCUCUUAAGACAGGAGCAGUGGCUAUAGGGAGUUGUAGGAACACGCAGUCGGACAGUGCUGAGAAGUCUCAACCGAGCUUGAGAGAAGCGGGAGAUUUGAGGGCUCAAGUCGCCCUGUAUCUGGGGAUCAGCCGAAGGAUGAAGGGAAAGAAGGAGGCGGUGGGGGGGUCGGGGGGGUCGGGCGGGGGGGGGGGGGAGGGCAAGCCUCGCUCUCUGCGCUUCACCUGGAGUAUGAGCACCACCAGCAGCCUGGAGCCGGCGGCCAUCUUGGACGAGAUCCGCAGCGUGCUGGACGCCAACCGCUGCCGUUACGAGCAGCGCGACAGCUUCCUGCUGCUCUGUGACCAUGGCGACGCCCACGCCGACACCUUCGUCCAAUGGGAGAUGGAGGUGUGCAAGCUGCCCCGCCUCUCGCUCAACGGCGUGCGCUUCAAGCGGAUAUCGGGCACCUCCAUCGCCUUUAAGAACAUCGCCUCCAAGGUGUCCAGGGAGCUGAAACUCUGAGACACACACACACACACACACACACACACACACAGAAACAACACUUCCACUUAAACACACACACACACAAAUAUUUUUCACACAUGAACACAAAGAUCUACCACUUACUUUCUUACACACACACACCUCCCACUCAGACCAAUACACACCACCCAACUCCCAACAUGCACACCCAUGACACACCAACCACAACCUGCACCUGACACACACACACACACACACACACGUACAUAUUUGCAUUACAUCUACAAAACUACGUUCACACAUACAUCUUCAUCCAUGCUGUACCCACCUGCUACACAAUCAAGAGACGUGACACACACACACACACACACACACGCACCAUAUGUUAGAAUGUAAUAUAUAGAUGAGCUUCAAGCAAUAAUUUCUUAAAAGUGUUGCCUAUUGUGAUGUCACUAUGAUGAGCGUUGUGAUGUGCUGCCGGGGGACGUGGACACCAGAUGCCAAGAACUACGCUACCCAGCAUCCCUCAGGACCGGCUUAGCAGACAUGGUCCCAUGAACUACGCUACCCAGCAUCCCUCAGGACCGGCUUAGCAGACAUGGUCCCAUGAACUACGCUACCCAGCAUCCCUCAGGACCGGCUUAGCAGACAUGGUCCCAUGAACUACGCUACCCAGCAUCCCUCAGGACUGGCUUAGCAGACAUGGUCCCAUGAACUACGCUACCCAGCAGACAUGUGCAUCUGACCCCACCCUGGAAGCACCUGGAGCUUCACCUGCCCACAGCAGAACUGUCUGUCAGUGUGUGUGUGUGUGUGUGUGUGUGUGUGCGCGCGCGCGUGGUGCGUGCGUGGGCUGUAGUCUGUGGGGGGCUGGGCUAUGUGACGGACUCGUUGCUCUUUCUGCUCUUGGUGUUCUGUUCCACUGGUCAUCACCAAAUCUAUAUCCACAGUGUCUUCUCUUCCUGGCCCUGGCCCUGGCCAGCUUGGGUCUGCAGUUACACCCUGGCUCCUGUAGGGGUCAGUGUCACAGAAUGGUUUUUGUCCCUUUGGGAUGAAUGUUACUGAUUAAGAGAAUCUAAGGUUUUAUUAUUUAUUUCAUUUUCCUUGUUUGUUUUUCUUUUUUAUCCCAAUGUUGAAGUUGGCCUUUCAGUGUAAAUAAUGUCUUAGCUCUGCAGAGGGGCGUGGCCUCAGGUCAGAGGGGCGUGGCCUCAGGCCCGGCUCUCCUACAGGCUGCCGCUCAUAUAAAGGAAAGGCUACACACAGCAUAACAGUCACCGUGGAUACAGUACAAUUAAAAACCUCUAUUAACCA